UCGAACCAUUCACACUUGAACAUAUGAACAUAAGGGUGCACGCGCCUAUGUGAUUUAUGUCGUUAUGUCACUAGUGUGCACCAGUCAUUAGCAGAACCUGUCGUGACCACUAUUCGAGCGUAUGUUGUUAUGUGACAGACCGAGAGAUCAUGAAUAGUAACGAUGCUCUAGUUUUGAGCUAUCAAUGUACGGCAACAUGGGAAUAACAUCGCACCUCUGGAAACGAUUUCGUCGGAUAAGAUGCAGAAAGAUGGUGUUUAUCAUUGUCGGGGCCAUGUUUGUGUAUGUGGUUUUUCUACGGCUACACGAGCGUCACCAUGACCCGCUGUACCACAAAGACAAACGGACUGUAUCACGAAAGACAUAUGAACAGGUAAGGUGCCUGUCUGGGAGGGGAUGCAAACCCUCUGUCUACCGUAGUGUAGAUGCCAUUUUACGAGAACAAGGGAUUUCACAAGAACAAGGGAGCACUGGAUCGAUCAAACCAAUGAUACAUAUUGAAGAAUACACUGAAAGUCGACAACAAUUCAUAAUGGGUACAGGCGACAAGAAAUAUUCAAUGGAAAGAGUUUCGAACCGCAAUCAGAUUGGAAUAUCUGAGGGAAUGGGUCAGAAUGUAAAUAACAGAGUUAAAAAAAGGAGUAGUGGCACAAAGAGAAGAGGGAGGGGUCCCAAGGGUUCACCAAACAAUCUCGGUGAAGCACGAUUUGGUGAGCUCUCCAAGAGUACACGGCAAGCUAGACUAGACAAAGAUGGCUCGAAGCAGGGCCCGUGCCAGGAUUUCUUACUCGCUAGAGAGACCUUUUACGGGGACUGCACGCCACAUGUUUCUGGUGAAGACGCUUGCAAAUUAGCCAAGGAAUUACACAAAUUGAACAACGACAUUUUGAGCUGUAAACAGAGCCGUAUUGAUAUUUGUAGGGUGGAAAUGGCGACGCACGGCGUGCGUGGGGUAUCUGUUACUGUCAAAUGUGACACAAACGAGUGUUUAGAUCAGAUGGCGCCGAACAGCAUCAAAGUGGAAGUUCUGGAACCAGGAACGGGAAAAAUGGAAACCGCUGGAACUUUCACAGCCAUUGGUGAUUUAGAAAAACAGCUCCCGCAGAUAAUAAAUGCGAGUAUCGCUAAUAGAUUUUAUUUUGUUGUGAUUAGUUGUAUAAAGAAGUCUAAUAAAAGUAAGACCAUCUCACAACUACUUACUUUUGACCUAAAAUUGACCCUAAGACGUGACACCAGCAAAUUGCGUGACAAAGGCCUGGUUAAUGCUAACAUCCUACUGCUGGACUCCGUAUCGAGGGCUCACUUCUACCGCUCUCUCCCCAAGACUAUCGAGCUGUUCAGAAGUUGGGAGUCUCGUCCAGACCGCGCGCCGGCGCGAGUGUUUGAUUUUGAGUUAUUCCAGUCAGUAGAAGGACACACGGCCGAGAACACGCACGCGCUGUUCACCGGGAAGAUGUUCUCUGCGGCAGAGAGGAAGGUCCGUACACCUGUUGGUGCGGGGGAGAUGUUCGGCGCAUUCAGGGGGGCGGGGUACCAGACCAUGUGGCAAGAAGAUCUCUGCUGGACAGCGAUUUGGGGGCUCAUGACGGAUAUGGUCGCCAACAAAUUUGAAGAGCUCGAAGGAAAGUUGAAGGAAAACUUUGUAGAUCACACAGGUGUGACGCACUCGAGCUGCCCAAUCCUAGGCGCCUACGGCACCAACAAUCCAUUCCAAGGACCUAAAGGCGAUCAAAUAUGCUACAACGGUGACUUCCAUCACACAUACCUUCUCAACUACACAAGUAAUCUGGUUCAAGCCAUCGCGCGCGAUCCCCACGCGAGGCCCUUACUCGCCUACAUGAGCUCGAGUGUCGGUCAUGACCAUCGUGCCUUGCGUACCCAGACCUUGGAUCCAGCGCUCGCCCGGUACGUCACGGAGAUGGCCAACAGUGACACUAUAACAGUCAUUCUAGCAGAUCACGGGAACACGUACUCUGAAUACACUAUCUCGUCACUGGAGGGAAAAUUCGAGAUGUUCCACCCGGUUUUGUUCAUCAUAAUCCCCAAUAUCGUGGCGCGCUUGCUAGGAGAGGACGCCAUGAAAGCUUUGGCCACCAAUCAGCAAAGACUCGUCACUAUGAUUGAUCUGCACCAUACUCUAAUGACAUUGGUUGAUCCGCUUCGUGGGCGUGUCACAUCAAGGGGCCUAUUUGCCCCCAUCCCCGCAAACAAGACAUGCAAUGAUGUGGAGCUUAUUGCGCCUAAUCUCUGCGUGUGCGAAGGCUGGGAUAGUCCAACCACCAACGACACCUUUAAGGUGGCAAUGGUGGAGUUUGCCCUAGGAGAGCUUAACAACAUGUUGGUGAGCCAGCAAGCAAAGCUGAUAAACCCCAGAGGCUUAGUCACAUCCUGUCAGCGGCUAGGUGCUCUUCGGUUCGAAAAUGUUCGUGAGCGUCAUGACGCGGUUGAUGGAUCCCUUAUCACGACUAUGGAUAUUUAUGUACCUGCCGGAGACGUCGUGCCUCAGAAGGAAGACUUGUUUCACGUGGAAAUCAACUCCUUUGAGAAACCUGGAGACUCUUCUAUGGGGCUACGACUAUUGCAGUUUGAUCGGCUAUCUAUGUUUGGUGGAUACGGAGCAUGCGCAGACAGGGGCGUCAACCUCUGUUCCGCGCGUUCAAAUCACACAUCUAGUAGAAUAUCGAUGAAUUAUUCACCAAACGUUAUUGGCAAGAAAGCCGUUAUUUUGUCGUCUGUAGACCUCGAAAACUGUGUCCUGCUGUGGCAGCGGAAUCACUUAUUUGAAGCCUUUGCUUUCGAGAUCACAAACUCGUGUUGGGGAUCUGAUUUUGUUAUCUCCAUCGACGCUCAACACAACAACAUUCGAUUUUCCCGAGGUAUCCCGUUUACGGUUACAAUACCAUCGGGUACAAGACAGUUUGUAUUGUCUGCAAAAAAGUAUUACGCUUACUGGGGUUAUACGCUCAAGGUUAACGUUCAUGUGGCGGGAACCAUCAAAGAUGGUCAUUUCACAAGAGUUAAUAAACAAUGGGAUGGUUUGUUACAUUUCUUCGUACUGGUUAUAGCUCUUGCAAUAUUCGGGUGGCUUAUAUUCGACUGGGCGUACAGAGGAGGUAGAGACAGUAAUAGAAUUUCGAGGUAUUUGUGUAGAAGAAAAAUAACCACCCGAACUCAACUACGAUAAUUUAGUGAUCAGGCGUUCAGGUUAAUUUAAUGUGUGUUAAGCUUCAGUAUCACCCGGAUUUGUAACAAUUGUGAAUUACUUACAAAUCCCCAAAACCACAAACUGUGAGAUUGGGCUACCUGUGAGAUUGGGCUACCUGUGAGAUUGGGCUACCUGUGGGAUUGGGCUACCUGUGAGAGUGGGCUACCUGUGAGAUUGGGCUACCUCUGGUUAGAGCUUGAAAGAGUGGAACUCUCCGUUUGAUCGACGCUCAAGUGCUUUUCUCGCUCUGAUGAAGGAAUGAAACGACUCUGAAUUCAGAGAGCCGUCAAACAUACCAUUUCAGCUUCGUGAUGAUUUAUUUCCUAAAGCUCUAAUAAAACUGUCAACGGAGCAAGGCGUAACACAAUUAUUGUUUUACACUGGGUCACACGUGAGAAAAACCUGUAAAAACAACAAAAAAAAAAGAAUCGUCCAUACGUUA